UAAUCUAUCACACACAAGGAGACAAACCCGCCCAAAUUAUCAUCAACUUCUUUAUCUUACCCUCACUCACCGCCACCGCUCCAAUGAUCAUCUAAAACCUUCGUUCUUACCAAUGUCCAUUCGAGCAGUUAACACCCGCUCCUUCUUCCUCCCUUCUCCUCCUUCUCUCUCCUCCGUUCCCCGCUUUUUCUCCGCCUACCGCCGUCUCCCCGCCGUCCGCUUCCAUCCUCCCACCUCCCCUUGUUAUGGCUGCCGUACUCAAAGACGCUCCAUCCAAAGCCUCUUCGAAAGCGUCAUGGAAGAACUCAAAGCCAUACGCAAAAGCCGCAAAAAAAUCGUAUCCGUUAAUGCUUCAUCUUCCAAGGCAGAACUGUUGAAUGAAGAGCUUAUUGAAGAUAGACUUGUGAACCGUUCAUUGGAAAAAGGUUUGCUUUUGGAAUUCAAGAAAGAUUCUGAUAGAAUAUUGUUAGCAGUUGCUCAGAGACCUGAUGGCAAGAAGAACUGGAUGGUUUUAGAUCAGAAUGGUGUCACUAGUUCCAUCAAGCGGCAACAAGUGACAUAUAUUGUUCCUGGUAUAUCCAAUUUUGACCAAGCAGAGAUCGCAGCCUUUGUUCAGAAAGCUCAGGACAACAUGGACCCAUCACUACUUGAAUUUGCUUGGUCUGAGCUACUGGAAAAGAAUAAGUCUGUGACAGUUGAAGAGAUGGCUGAGAUAAUUUUUGGCAGUGUUGAGCCUCUUGAGAGAUAUUCUGCUCAUCUCUUGCUAUCAAAAGACGAAGUAUACUUUACCGUAGUCGAGACUACAGGAUUGCGUUGCGUUUAUGGACCUCGACCAAAUGAGCAGGUUGAGGAGCGUAUUCGUAGGAAGGUUGCAAAGGAGGCUGCUGAGAAAGAAUUUCAGGAGUUUAUUAAACUGUUGGGCUCUGCAAAAUCAAUGCCUUCGCAAGAUAAACCUUCCAAAUCUUCUUGGAAGGAUGAUGAGAUAAUUUGGAGCAGAAUUAAGUCACUCGAAGCAUACGCUAUUGAUGCUUGUAAAACUGAUGAACAAAUAAAAACAGCUGGGAUGAUACUAAAGAAAAUGGGUCUGGCAAAAACAACAUCUUCAGCUGUAAAUCUCUUGAUAAAUAUUGGGUAUUUUCCUGUACAUGUCAAUCUUGAUUUGUUGAAGAUGAGUAUUCCCACUGAUCACUUGGAAAAGAUCACAUCAGCUGCUCAAAGUCUGCUAUCAGACUCAUCUGAUCCAGACGAGAUUAACAGGAAGGACCUUACUAACCUGAAGGUUUACGCCAUUGAUGUUGAUGAAGCUGAUGAGCUUGAUGAUGCUCUGAGUGCAACAAAGUUACAAGAUGGUCGAAUUAAAAUUUGGAUACAUGUUGCAGACGCAACGAGAUAUGUUCAACCUGGAAGUAUUGUGGAUAGGGAGGCUAUGAGAAGAGGAACUUCUGUUUUUUUGCCCACCGCUACAUAUUCUAUGUUUCCAGAAAAUCUUGCCAUGGGAGGUAUGAGUUUGAGACAAGGGGAGCUUUGUAAUGCUGUUACUGUAUCAGUUGUGCUACAUGACGAUGGCAGCAUUGCAGAAUGUUCAGUGUUCAACUCCGUGAUUAAACCAACAUACAUGCUAACAUAUGAGAGUGCAUCAGAGUUACUCCAUUUGAACCUUGAAGAGGAGGUUGAACUUAGAAUUUUGUCUGAGGCUGCAAAUCUUCGGUUAAAAUGGCGUCGCCAGCAGGGUGCAGUUGAGACAACAACAAUAGAAACUCGCAUCAAAGUGUCUAAGCCAGAGGAUCCAGAGCCAUCAAUAAACCUGUAUGUGGAAAACCAGGCAGACCCUGCAAUGCGACUAGUCUCUGAGAUGAUGAUACUUUGUGGCGAAGCUAUUGCUAUAUUUGGAUCUCGGAAUAGCAUUCCUUUACCCUACCGAGGACAACCCCAAUCACAUUUAAAUAUUUCUGAAUUUUCCCACCUUCCAGAAGGGCCUGUUAGGAGCUUUGCCCUAAUCAAGAUAAUGCGUGCAGCUGAAUUUGAUUUCAGGAAGCCAGCACGCCACGGGAUUUUGGGAGUCCCUGGUUAUGUUCAGUUCACCUCUCCCAUCCGUAGAUAUCUGGACCUUCUUUCUCAUUAUCAGUUAAAGGCAUUUCUUAGAGGUGAGACACCGCCUUUUACCUCUGAUGAACUUGAAGGGAUAGCAGCUGAUGUAAAUGAGAAAGUUAGAGCAGCGAGGAAGCUCUGCAACAGCAGUCUCCGCUACUGGAUACUAGAAUAUUUACGAAAACAACCAAAAGAGAGAAGAUACCGUGCUUUGGUCCUUAAAUAUUUGAAAGAUCGGAUUGCAGCUCUGUUAUUGGUUGAGGUUGGAUUUCAAGCUACUGCUUGGGUCUCAGUUGGAACACAGAUAGGGGAUGAAGUAAUGGUUAAGGUUGAUGAAUCACAUCCACGUGAUGAUAUUAUUCAUGUAAAGGAGGUUGUAAGAGGUUAACUUAAGAGAUAUGUUCUUCAAAGUUCCCUUUCCAACGUUCCGAAAGUUUCUUCAAAAGACUACGCUCAGUUUUAUAUUUAUAUCAACUGACACUUGACCACACUCUUUCCAUUUGAGAGGAUAGCCUUGCCGAAUCCCACUCGGCUUGGCAUUUGGUUCAACCCCGUCUUUUGCAUGAAAGUAAGAUCAAGCCGAGUUUCAACAUUUUAAAAUUUAAGUUGUUCAAAUCUUGAAGAGUAUAUCUUGCAGGGAAGUUAUCAUGAAUGUUUAGGCCUUUCAUGCUGCCGGAGUUCAUCAUUUUCUGAAAGUAUGUAGUGGCAGGAAGUUGGCUGGUUUUCCCCCCCUCUGAAAAUAGCGUUUUUUCUCAUCUUUUGCUGAAAAUUCAUGGCUGAUGGAUUUUGUUUUUGUUUUUGAGAAUAAUGGUGUAGUUAUAUGUUAAAUUCGUAAGAUGUUAGUAGAUACCGGGUUUCGAACCUUAUCCUCUUACGACUCAGAACUUCUAUAUUUCACACCUAAAAUCAUGAAGCUAUCCUUCUGAUCUCUGGAUUAUAUGUUCAUAAUUUACGUUCGUCCUUCUAACCUUUGGCCUUUCAUGUUCUCUUUACAAUUUGAUAUAAAUAUGUAAUUCAGUGAUAUGGGGAAGAGCCCUGAUAUAUGCAUCAUUCAGUUUUUUGUUUUUUGUUGUAAUCUCAUCCAUACUAUUGGAGAAGUUUCAAUGACCUCAUGAAGAAGAUACUCAAGUCAAACUUGUAUGAGAAUUCAAACAAUGUAAUGCAAUAGAACUUGCUUUUUUUUUAA